AUGGCCUACGCUGGCCAUAACGACGGCACCGGCCGGAAUGUCAACAUGUCCAAGUCUGAAACCGACCUCGCCAUCAACAUCCGCAAAGCCACCAGCAUCGAAGAAACUGCCCCCAAGCGCAAGCACGUUCGAAGCUGUAUCGUCUACACCUGGGACCACAAGUCCUCUCUCUCCUUCUGGGCCGGCCUGAAAAUCCAGCCCAUCCUCGCCGACGAAGUUCAAUCCUUCAAGGCUUUGAUAACCGUGCACAAGGUGCUUCAAGAGGGCCACCCUGUCACCGUGAAAGAGGCGCAACAAAAUGUCAAUUGGGUCGAGAGUGUGGCAAGAGGUGUCAAUGGCGAAGGACUCAGAGGCUAUGGCCCUCUCAUCAGGGAAUAUGUCUUCUUUCUGCUUGCCAAACUGGCCUUCCACCGCCAGCACGUCGAGUUCAAUGGCUUGUUCGAAUACGAAGAAUACAUCAGCUUGAAGUCCAUCAACGAUCCCAAUGAAGGCUACGAGACCAUCUCUGAUCUCAUGACCUUGCAAGAUCAGAUUGACACUUUUCAGAAGUUGAUCUUUUCCCACUUCCGUGGUGGCGCCAACAACGAGUGUCGGAUAGCUGCGCUCGUCCCUCUGGUCCAAGAGAGCUAUGGCAUCUACAAAUUCAUCACCAGCAUGCUACGAGCGAUGCACACCACCACCGGCGAUGACGAUGCCCUCGAGCCAUUGCGCACGCGAUAUGACGGUCAGCAUUAUCGACUUGUCAAGUUCUACUACGAAUGCUCGAAUCUUCGCUAUCUCACCUCUCUGAUCACCGUCCCGAAACUCCCUCAAGAUGCUCCCAAUCUGCUCGCCGAAGACGAAGAGAAACCUGCCCUGCCGAGACGUCCUGCCAAAGAGAUCGAGAGGGCUCCCUCUCCUGUUGCCAAGAAUGGAACACCAGAUCCAAAAGACAUGGAGGACUUCUGGUCAAAAGAAGCUCAAAGACAACAAGAUGAAUAUGAGAAUGAGCAAAGACGUCUACAGCAGCAAUGGGAAGACCAACAGCGACAGCAGUUGCUGGCUCAACAGGAAGCCCAACGGGCGUUUGAAGAUCAGCAGAGGAUGCAGGCGGAGCAACAACGUCUCGCGCAGGAGCAACUUCUGCGAGAUCAAUACGCUGCUCAGACGCAAGGCCGUCUCGCGGAAUUGGAACGAGAGAACCUCAAUGCUCGCGCACAGUACGAAAGAGACCAACUGAUGCUGCAGCAAUACGAUCAGAGAAUGAAGGCGCUCGAGGAGCAGCUCCAACAGCUCAACAAUAAUUAUCAGCUGCAAGCCCAGUCGAAGGACGAUCAGAUUUCCUCUCUACAAGAGCAGGUCAAUACAUGGCGAUCCAAAUAUGAAGCUCUUGCCAAAUUGUACUCGCAACUUCGCCAGGAACAUCUGGAUCUUCUGCAGACCACCAAGUCACUGAAAUUGAAAGCUGCGUCAGCCCAAGAGGCGAUCGAGCGAAGAGAACGCUUGGAACGCGAGAUGAAGACGAAGAACCUGGAACUGGCAGACAUGAUCCGAGAACGAGAUCGUGCUCUUCACGAAAAGGACCGCAGCCAGGGUGGCCACCGUGAAGAACUCGAGAAACUGAAGCGAGAAUUGCGAUUCGCGCUCGAGAGGGCGGAGGAUGCCGAAAAGGCAAAGGGCUCGGAGUUGUCUUCCAUGCUCGCCAAAUACAAUCGCGAGAUGGCUGAUCUCGAGGAAGCUGUGCGCUCCAAGACCAGGCAACUCGAUGAAAUCCGAUCCACGCACGGAGAGCGCAACAUGGACCACGAAGCCGAGCUGCGCGAGAAGGACGACGAGAUUGAAAUCUACAAGUCCGGAAUGGAGCAGGCGCUUGAAGAACUCGAGGAGCUCAAGCUCGGCGGUGGUGAGGCUGACGGUGCGCUCGACGGGGCCAUCGACGAAGUGAUCAAGAGCAAUGUCACCAAGAUCAACGACAUCAUUGACUCUGUGCUGCAGAGCGGAGUCCAGCGCGUGGACGACGCCAUGUACGAGCUCGACUCGCCCAUGCAAGCCGGUAAUCAGAACGCCACCGCUCCGUACGUGCUCUCGCAGAUCGAAAAGGCGUCCGCCAGCGCGACUGAGUUCUCCACCGCCUUCAACAACUUCGUCGCCGACGGGCCCAACAGUCCACACGCCGACAUCAUCAAGACCGUCUCUGUGUUUGCCGCUUCAAUCGCCGACGUGCUGUCCAACACCAAGGGUCUGACUCGCUUCGCGACCGAGGACAAGAAAGGAGACCAACUGAUCGACUCGGCGCGGCAGUCCGCAAUGGCCACGAUCAAUUUCUUCCGCAGCCUGCAGUCUUUCCGCCUGGAGGGUCUCGGGCCCAUGCAGAAGAGCGACGUCGUCAUUAACAGCAACCACGACGUCUUGAUGAAGCUGCAGCGUCUGUCGAAACUUGCCGAUGCGUUCGCUCCCAAGGGCAGCAAACUCUCCACAUCUGGCGACUUGGGCGAUCUCGUGGAUUCCGAGUUGACCAAGGCGGCCAACGCCAUCGAAGCCGCGGCAGCGCGUCUCGCCAAAAUGAAGAACAAACCCCGCGACGGCUAUUCUACGUACGAACUCAAGAUCAACGACGCCAUUCUCGAAGCGGCGCUUGCUGUGACGACGGCGAUCGCCGCACUGAUCAAGGCCGCGACGGACUCCCAGACCGAAAUCGUCAAAGAAGGCCGCGGCUCCAGCUCACGCACAGCAUUCUACAAGAAAAACAACCGCUGGACCGAGGGCCUCAUCUCGGCCGCCAAGGCCGUCGCCACGUCGACAAACACGCUGAUCGAGACGGCCGACGGGGUCAUCUCCGGCCGCAACAGCCCCGAGCAGCUGAUCGUGGCGUCGAAUGACGUGGCUGCGUCGACAGCACAGCUCGUCGCCGCCAGCAGAGUCAAGGCGAGCUUCAUGUCCAAGACCCAGGACCGUCUCGAACAGGCUUCCCGUGCGGUUGGCUCGGCUUGUCGAAGCCUCGUCCGCCAAGUGCAGGAUAUCAUCAAGCAGCGCCAGAAGGAUGAUGGGGAUAGUGUCGAUUACGCCGCGCUGAACCCUCACGAGUUCAAGGUGCGCGAGAUGGAGCAGCAGGUCGAAAUCCUCCAACUCCGCAAUGCCCUCGAUGCUGCAAACUCCCGACUCAGCGAGAUGCGCAAGAUCUCGUACCGCGAUGACUAG